AUGCAGAAUAGAAACACUGGCAAUAGUGGUCAGGUUUUAAACUUUCUUGAAAUCCACCAAGAUGAACAACAAGACUCACCACUUCUAGUGCUUGCCACCAACCUUCCUCCAAACACCCAAAUCUCUGCAUUUGAAAGACAUGUUGCAAAUUUCUCUGGUAUUCAGGCCAGAGAUACCAAGGCCGUUGCACAAGGUUUCGAGUUUGUUGUAGACUCUAAUGCAGACUAUCAAUGUUUGACUGAAGCUCCUAUCACCUAUGCUAAUAUGAUCAUACAUUUCUCAAAGGUUAGAGAAUUAAAGACUGGAUCUUCAAAGCUUAUUUUGAAUGGUCUCCUACCUAAUUCAGAUAUCCAAACGAUUAAAGAUUGUUUUUCCACUACUUACAAUGUAAAUGUUAUCAACAUCACUAGACCGAAUGAAAGCACCGCAGAGGUAACAUUAAGCCAUGAGCACUGUAGUCAUGUACUUCGAUCCAACUCAACUUUCCGUGUAAUGAGAAAGACAGUUUCCAUCUCAGUGGCCAACUCGUUCAACUAUAUCAUUUCGAAGUCUGACGAUAGCCAACCGUUGAAUCCAGACGAUCUCAUCCGAUAUCUCGCUAGCACCAUGGAUGUCAAAGUGUCGUCGGUCAAGACCAACAAUGACAAGAGUGUAGCUUGGCUUAAUGUCGUCAGUGACACCGAGGAGUUCAACGCCAUUCUCCGUGAGGACGGCUAUAGAAUGAUGUUCAAUAACGUCUAUCAUACUAUAUUCCCAGCUUCGAGCCAAACCAUUCUAUUCAGCUCAUCACAUGCUCUCACACAAGAAACUCUUGUUGAAUUCCUCAGCCAGUGUAGUUUCCAAACAAACAACCAUCUCAUCUUCCAUGGUGGUAUGUCUGGUGCCAUUACUCCAGCAUCCGAGGAAAUCAGAAACCAACUACUUCAAUUAAGAUCACUUGAAAGACCAAAUAAUAACAACAACAACAUCAACAAUAACAACAAUAAUAAUAACAACAACAAUAACAAUAAUAAUAAUUCACAACACCAAUCAUCACCACCAAAAACAUCACCAAAUCAAUCAAAUGUAAAUAAUCAAGAAUAUAACGGUUAUCCAAAUUUACCAAAUAUGGAACCAUUUAAUGUAACACCCACCAAACAACCAAUUGUAAAUAAUCAAACAUCAUCAACAACAACACGAGUUCAACAAGAUCAACAUAUGAAUGACAUUGAAGUCGAGGAGUUAAAGUCAGGUUAUGUAACAUUCAGACUUACCGACCAUUGCCCGACUAUUGAUGACUUGCUCAUUGUUUUGAAAAAAGCAAGAAUAGUUCCUUUGUCUCAUCCUGUAGUCUUGGGUCCAGUUGCAAUCGUCGAGCUGGAACAUAGAUUGAUUGAUCCACUCAUUUUCAAAUACAAUGAAUCCGGUCGUGAUUUCUUAAUUGACAUCAAAGGUAAAGUGAUAAGAAUAAAUCAUUUCACAGGUGAUUUACCGGAAUGGGCUGUUUACCUUCUGCCAUUGAAGCCAGUAUCCGAUGCCUCAGAGUUGAGUGCCAUCAGCUAUUUGAAACACGCCAAGUGUGUCCAACAUGGUAACUUUUAUAAAGUGUCUAUGCCGACCUCUGACGAGAAAGAUGUACUUUUGGAUAUUAAAUUGCUCAUUACCGACACCAAUAAGUAUUGGGUGUAUGAAAACCAUCAAACAUGUCAGAUUCGCUCCAACCGUAAAGAAAUCUCCAAAGUUCAAUACGAAUUCUUGAAGAAAAUCAAAUGUGACUUGCAAGAUCUACUAUUGAAAGAUCAAAUUGAUUUCCAAAUAGAAGACGAUUCACAGACAUGCUAUAUGGUCUUUACCUCGCCAAACCCGAUGGAUUCAGGACUGAGAAAGCUGAGCCAGUUCUUGGAUGACAAAUACAAAGCCGAGAAAGAAGAGGUCACAUGUCUAGAAUCAAAGCUCGUUUUGUACGUAGUCAAGGAUAUGUUCAUGGGAAAACAAUCUACCUAUGACGUUUUGAAACUUGGUAAUAGUAUUGGUGAGGAGCAAUUGAGCAUCCAUAUGUAUGGUCCAAUCGCUGAAAUCAACUCGAUCUCUAAGGAAUUGUCCAACUCAUCCUGCCAAUCAUUCGAGUUGAAUUCAGCCAGUCAAACCGUAUUACACAAGGAGAGGCAAUCUCUCAGAAACAACGAGAAGCAACUACAACGCAUUCAAAGUUAA